UCUUUUGCUUUCUUUGUUGUUUUCUCCCAUUUUCUUCGACUGCAUGUAAGAGGGAGGCGGAUCAUCACCUUCACCAGAGGAUUUUCUCAUGGCUGUCCCCGAAUUUCGAGCAAUCCUACCACCGAUCGAUGGCCUGCGAACCAGGAUACUCGCCAGUCCUCCCCUCGACACCUUCUCCGUCGGACCAUCUAUCCUGCACGUCCGAUUCAUGCCCGCCUCAUUCCGUUGAUUCACCCGGAUCCUUGCUCGUGCCUACCCCCGGCUGUUCCCCGGCUGUUUUCCGCCUUUCUUCCCUUCCACUGUCCAUGUUCCCUUCUUUGAUUCACCGUCUCUGUCGGCGUUGGAAGUCGAGGCGUCUUAUUUUUGGCUGGCUGAUGAUAUUGAUCUGUUGCUUCAUCUCCGCGAUUUUGUUUCCUGCGACAUGCUUGUCCGUGACCAAGACAAGACAAGACCAAUUUGUUGUGCCAUUCCACCCCUUUCCUCAUCCCUCGGGACCUGGCUUGCGAUGCGAUGCGAUCUGAUCAAGCCGUGAUACCCCGGGUUUACCUUUCCCUUUCCUUACCCUCUGGCUCGAUCUGUUGCCUUGCUCGAUCUGUUUGC